AUGGCGACCGUGUUCGGCCGUAAAAAGCAAUCUGACAGUGUCGAAAGAGCUGUAAAAGAAUUAGAGGCCAUCCAAGAGCAGCACGUCGAACGCACGAGUGGUGGAGACCCUGCUUCUCGGGUGGACGAGCCCGACCCGCUGCCUGAGAAGGUGAACCCCGAGCCCCGUACCGUGGACCCUCCUCCAGUGGUGACCAUACAAGACGAAAGUUGUCUAUCAGUUGACAUGGAAUGUCCUUCAGUAACUCCUCCAGCAGUGGUCACCAUUGAAGAUGAAGAUCACAGCUUAUCAACUGAUGAGGAAGUUAUUAUUUUGGAGUAUUGUUCCGAUGGGACAGAAGAUGUACAUGAGUUGGUAGAACCCCUCUCCCCACCAUAUGAUGAAGCAAGGACAGAAGAUGUACAUGAGUUGGCAGAACCCCUCUCCCCACCAUAUGAUGAAGCAAGGAGGAGAGAAGAGCUCAGGCUGGAGUUUGAAACACUUCCUGAACAUAUGGUGUGGACUAAUAAGGAUAAGGAAGAAUUUGAAGCUGAGUGCAAGGCUAUUAUGCAGUUUGCACAGAGCAAGGCGGGGCAAAUUCACAUGCACAUAAUCUGUAAAGGCAUAGUUGAAUGUAAACGCUACCAAGAUUGGACAAACGGUUUAAUCUUCACAGAAGAUGAGACAAUGGGUCCUUUUACCAACUUUGAAAAAUUGUCAUUUGAAUUCUAUCUUUUCCUUUCCACGUUUCUGGAAAAAUUUAAAUAUAAAUAUUGCGAUAACCGUAAAUUUAUAUAUGGAGUUUUAAUGCCUCAGCUUAUUAUUGAGGGAUUCAUAAGGAUGAGGGAAAGCAAGGGAAUUCAAUUCUCUAAGAAAGAGGCCGAGGAGCGACUCAAAUACACCACCAAUAGGUUCAAGCGAAAUGGUGAUAGCUGAGAGCACCAUUAUUGAAAGAUGUCCUGCAAUCUUUGAGAGCCUAGGAUCUUCAUGUUAUAUACUCUAAUGAAGACAAGUUUACUUACCGAAGGAAGAGAAGCAGCCUGUCUGCUUCUGCAGGGCCUAUUCAUGAAUUAUUGCAAUUUAAUUACAGAUAUUUAUUAUUUUCAUAUAAGUUUUCUUUUUUAUACUU